ACAGUAUGAUUCGAGGCGGUAUGGCGUCGGGAAAGAGAAAAGGCAGCCCCACUCCACGGAGCAGAUCUGUCUCUGGCAGUGAAUCCAUCAUCUCCACCGGAGCUCGACCCAAGACAGCUGUGGUUCAGCGAAAGCUUGUCAAAACCAAUUCAAAGACUCAAAUCACUGCUGAACAGACGCCUUCUUCUUCAAGUGCAGCUGUCAAACCCAAAGUGGAUGCAAAACAACAAUAUGGUCAAAACUCUGUCGACCAGGAAAUGGAAAAAUGGCAGCUCCAUACACUGAUACUGACCUACUUGACAGCACAGUUGGAGAGCCGUAAUGCAAAACUCAGAGCUUUGGCAGAGGAAGGUCUCCAGUUCCAACUGAAGCAAUUCGACAUGUGCAGUGAAUUGGUCUGUGAGAACGAGCGCAAACAUGACCUUGCUGAGAAGGAAAAGGAAGUGGAUGAGGUGCUGGACUUGCAGGUUGCUACUCUGACUCCAGUGGCAACAAUUGCUCCACAGUUCACAAACUACUACAGUUAUUUCACAAAAAACUUGGCUUGCAUGGAGCAUCUGCUGUCUGUCUACAAUUACUACAUUGGCGGAAACGAAAUUGAAUUUCUCGAUAAAGCUGAGAAUUCCCUCAAGGAGAGUGAGGAUAUACUUGUGGAAUUUGAAGAGGUGGAUAACAAACAAAAUGCUGCAUCUCUGGAGCUCGUCAGAUGCAUGAAGACGACCUCCAAGGUGGUCAGUCAGCAGCUUGCAAGUUCAUUUGAAAUGCUGCUGAAGCUGUGCUCGCUGGCCUGCCACUAUUCAGUGAAUGUCCAGCAGGCCAAAGAGGAAGAACAACUUGGUGAUUCAAGGAUCCGUGAGCUUUUCUCCACAGUGAUGCUCAGUAAAGUCUGAAAUUACGUAGCUCAUGCACUAUGAGUCCUCUGAGAAAACUGUUCAAAUUAUUGUAGCCUAUACACAUUUUUUUGUCUCCUGUCGGCGAAGUUUAAAGUCCUCGGUUGAGAAUGGAAUACACAAGCAACCUUCACUGAAAUGACGCGAGAUGUGAGUUCCUGCAGUGAAAGAAAAACGGCCUAAAGCCUCAUCAGAAUAAAAUCUGCUGCAUAACAGAUUUCUGCUGUCAUGCCUCAACAGUAGACAAGAAACAUGACUGUCCAUCAGGACUGGAGCAGGGGUGUCAAAUGUAAGGCAGAUGGGCCAAAGCCGGGCCGCAAGAUGCUCCAGUACUGCCCAACAUUGAUUUUUCAACAUGUCUCUUCAGAGUAAUGAACACAGCACAAUACUAAGACCCGUCCUGAGAUAUCAGUGAUUCUGCCAUGAAAGCUGCCAUGAAACAGCUUAGCAUUAGGGCCAUAGUCACGUUGUCAUGGUGAGUUUGUAAAUUCACACAUAGCAUAUUGUUUUAAGGAGUUGGAUAUACAGACGGUUUCCAACAAGUUUGAAUAUAUUGGAAAAGUGCACCAAAAAAAAAAGAUAAGCAGGGGCUUCAGCUGAUUAUUAAACAGAGAAGAUUGAAGAAUCUGGCAGCGAUCCAGAAAGAGUGGAACAAGGCGGGAGUCACAACUGAAAAAAACCACCACAUUCAGACGCAUCCAGGAGAUGGCCUUCAACUGUCUGUGUUGGAGCUAUUUAUCAGUCUUUGCACGUUUUCUGAAUAUUUCUUAUAUCGUUUUCAUUUUUAUUAUUGCAUAUACUGUUUAUUUUGUUUAGAUUUGUUGCUUCUUUAUUUUGCAAGUUUGUUUUGGGGUAAAUGACAAUAUUUUCUGUUGGGCUUAUUUUUGUAGAUUUAAUUGUUACCACAGGCACCUGGAGUUUAUUUAGGGAGGCUGCAGGUAUAGGACCAGUAUGCACCUGGUUUUACCCGAGCAAGAGGGGCAACAGAAAAUGAAGACUCCAAUUUCUUUGCUUGCUUCAGGAAAUAAACUAAGACAAAACUCAGUGGAAUUUUGUGGACAUUGAUUCUUUUGCUUGCGUAAACCUCAACCCAUGGUGCAUCAGUGGCAAUUUGAAGUUAAGUUUGGAUUAAUUUUUUUUUUAUUGAGGACGUAGUCGCGACAGUCGGGUUCCUCUGGUCAACCCACUUCUGAGCGUGAGGCAACGUGGGAACGUCUCAACUGGGCCAAGGAGAAGGACUGGACCAGUGGUCCAAGGUUCUCUUUUCCGAUGAAAGAGAAGUGUGCCUUUCAUUUGGGGAUCAAGGUCCAAGGGUUUGAGGAAGAUGGAUGAAGAAUAGAACCCAAGCUGCUUGAGGUCCAGUGUGAAAUAUCCACAGUCAGUCAUGAUUUGGUGUGCAGUCCAGUGCAGGUGUUGGUGAAAAUCUGCUUUCUUAAAUCCAAGAUCGCUGUCACAGUCUACCAGAAUGUUUAGAGGACUUCAUGGUUCCUUCUGCUGAGGAUCUGUAUGGAAAUGCAGAUUUCAUCUUCCAGCAGGACCUGGCCCCUGCCCAUACCGCCAGAAGCAUCAAAACCUGGUUUGAUACCCAUGCCAUCACCGUGCUUGAGUGGGCAG